GCGCCGUGGCGAGCGCUUCGUUGGCGGCUCCCGAGGUACAGGAUCGUGUCACUCGGGAGUCCUGAAAUCGGGUCGCGAAAUCCGUAUAUCAUGGCGGUACUUUGGUGGCUACUCUUGCUGGUCUUGCCGCCCAGCUACCGACUGGCCACGCCCCCCGGCAGCGGUCAAUUGCGCCGCCUUUGGCUGCAGGAUCAUUGCAGUGCGGGAAUUUGCACGAAUGUAGUGAUCGGUCGCAGUGAUUAUGUUAUCUUGUCGCAGGCACCCAUCACGGGCACCACAAUGCUCACCUUUUUGAACUCGAGCAUUGCCAAGAUACCGCAUCUGUUGUUCGACACCUUUCCGGAUCUUCAAGUACUGCGCAUGGAGAAUUGUUCGCUGGAAACAUUCGAGAAACCGCAGUUCGAGGGUGCCAGCAAUCUGAUGAGUUUGUUCUUGGGACAUAAUCACCUAAAGGAGAUACCCAAAAAUAUAUUCCUGGGUGCCGACAAUCUGGCCACCUUGCAUCUUCAGGGGAAUCAGUUGAAGCAGUUGGGAAAUCAUAGUUUCCAUGCCCUGAAGGAAGUUAAGGAACUUUCACUGGCCGAAAAUCAAUUGGAGCAGCUCGCUCUAGGAGUUUUUAGUGGUAUGCGGAAGUUAAUGGAUCUUAAUCUAGCUGGAAAUCGAUUGGAGGCUCUACCAAGAGGAGUGUUCGACCGGAAUUUAAACCUCACCAAAAUAAAUCUGGCCCGGAAUCGGUUUACCGCCUUCGAAUCGGAACUGUUGAAGCUGCAGCCAGUUUUGACUCAGCUGGAUAUUUCUGGAAAUAUCCUACAGGAGCUAACACUUAACUUCACUUUGCUGGAUGUGGCUAUAGCUCAUAGUUGCGAUUUGAGGAGAUUAACUGUUUACGGUGUGGUUCAUGAACUGGAUUUGCAUAAUAAUUCGCUAAGGGAAAUGCCGCACAUUCCACUUUCAGCAAAUGUGAGCGUUUUGGAUUUGUCUCAAAAUCCAUUGGGAAAUCUUCAGGGAAAUCCUUUGCGUAGAUUCACCUCUCUGUUGCGACUGAAUCUUUCUGCAACCAGUGCCCACGAGUUACCAGAGGGAUUGUUCAAGAAACAGACUCAUCUGCAAAUGCUUGACAUAUCAGCAAACUCCAUAUAUUCUCUGAAGAUCACAAUCUUCGACAGCUUGAAGGCGCUUCAGUAUUUCUACUUUCAGCAGAACAACUGGAACUGCGAUUUCCUGCAACUGCUAAUGAGUUCGUUUGUGAAACGCAGGGAUAUUUCCUUCAUGGAGGAUAUAACAGCUCCCGAACUGGUGGACGAUUAUGUGGAUGGCAUUGCCUGUUGGUAUGAGAGCGAUAAGCAGUCCAAGAAGUGUGAGUCUGGUGGAUCGGAGGCUGCCAUGGAGCUAUCGGUGGUGCGGAAUGAGAUCAAGGCCUUCACAGAGGUGGUGGAGAAGAAGUUCGUCAAGGUCUACCGCAUGUUGGAGGAGCUGAAAAUGAAACUAUAACACGGAUCGGAUGAAAAUCCUUCCCAUAUUUAUCAAACAUAUUUUAUCCCCAUAUUUAACCAAUUAUUUAAUCAUAUAUAUAAAGCAUUGUUAACCUUAUUUUGAAUUAUUUGACACACGAAAGCAACAAAUGGAUAUUUUAGGAUAUAUUACUAGAACCAAUAAAGCACUACUUGGAACUCUAGGGAAA